CUUGAUUUGAAUGGUUAGAGUUUUCAAAACGUACAAUGACAUACGUCAGCGGUUCUUUUGUUCUUCGUUCUCUUAAGCAUUUCAUCUUAGUCUAUCUACUUUCAAUCUCUAGUGCGCCUUCCUAAUCAUGUAACGGCACAAUUCGAGAAACGAUGAAAUAAGUGAUAUGUAAUUUUAUUUAGUCAACCUCAAGAAAUGUUUACAUUUUGAAAGGAUGAAGAACGAACAACCUUUCAAAGCUGCCAAGACCUCUUCUUAAAGUAACGAAAAAUGUAUAAUCGAUUGGGUUGAAAGUUCCAAAGUUGUCAUCACAUCAUUUUUCAAAAAGUAAAAUAACUUCGAUAUGGCCAAGGCUACAACUAUUAGAGAUGCAAUCAAAAGAUGGGAAGAGAAGCAUCCUGAUGAAAAUAUAGCGGAUGCUGAAGAAAUAGGUUUCCAGUUGCAAUGGCCUCCUAUCGAAAAAAUGGACAAUUCCUUAUCUGCUUUAGUGAAUUGCCGGAAACUGAGUCUAUCGACAAACAUGAUUGAGAAAAUUGCUGGACUCAGUUCUUUAAAAAAUCUCAAAAUUCUUUCUCUAGGAAGAAAUUACAUAAAAAACUUCUCUGGUUUGGAAGGAGUAGGAGAUACUCUAGAGGAACUUUGGAUUUCAUAUAACUUUAUAGAUAAAAUAAAAGGUCUUGGUGCACUAAAAAAAUUAAAAGUUCUCUACAUGAGCAAUAACUUGGUAAAAGAUUGGGGUGAAUUCAUGAAGCUUCAAGAGUUGCCCAUGUUGGAUGAUCUGUUAUUUGUUGGCAACCCACUUCACGAAUCAUUUGGAGAGGGAGAGGCUUGGAUUAAAGAAGUAUCUAAAAGAUUACCACACCUCAAAAAGUUAGACGGAGAACCAAUUUUGAGAGAGGAGGCUGAUUAAAUAUGAAUAAAACCUUAAACCAUUUAAAAAUGAAAUCAACUAUUGUUUAUUUAUAAUAAUUUCAUAUAAAACUUCAACUAUUCAUAA